UUCAUUCAACGCCAGUUUCUUUUUUUAAUCUUUUGUUAGGAUGCGUUUCUUGGGUUUUUUCCAUGUUCUUAUUGGUACAAAAUGUUCUUGAUAGUGUUUGAUCCAAAUUGAAACUUUUUUUUAUUCUGAGAGAGAGAGAGAGAGAGAGAGAGAGAGAGAGAGAGAGAGAGAGAGAGAUGGAUAACUCUAUUGGAGUUGGGUUCAUGGCUGUUUUUGCUGUAUCUGGAAGCGUGGUUCUUCUUGCCCAUCAAGUCCACAAGCGCCUUCUCUCAGAUUUCAUGAAGAACAUUGAAUGUGAAAUGGGAGGUUUGCUUGACCACCACAAAAAAAUGGCUUCUGGAUCUGAGAAAAUCCAAGGCAAGAAGUGUGUUAGAUUUGCAGCAGAUGUUGCGGAGCCAUCAUCAAACAACAAAGAGUACCGCAAGAGGCGCUUUGCACCAACAACGAAGAAGACCAAAGAGGGAAAUGGAAAUUCUAAAAUGGAGGACACCAUGCCACUCAAUAGGCAAGCUCUUUACAAAGGGAUCAUUGAAUUUAAGUCCCUCAAGGGGGCGCAUGUAUAUUGAGCUUAAUUUUGUUUUUUUGUUUUUUGUUUUUCGUGUUCGUGUCGUGUUUGCAUAUUUUCUAUUUGUGUAUAUUUAGGUGUUUGUUUCUUUUUUCUUUUCUUUUUUUAAUUUUAACUUUUUCCCUUCCUAAAAGAAAUAAUGAGAGGUUUAAGAAAACUCCUACGGUUUUGCGCCUAUAUAUUAUUCAUUUCAUAACGACUCGUCACGUGUUAUUUAAGCGACGAAAAGAUUAUGAGAUGGAAGUAUAUAUGCCGCACUGUAGUGAAGACUUCCUCAGAGGUUUAGCCGUCCAUAGACUUAGCUCCAUGGAUUUGAAAAGUCUUGUAGGAAAUUUGGGCAUAGAAAGUAGUUUAUUGUGAAUAAAAGGGAAUUUGGGUGUUCAUUACCAUUAGUUGACCAAAACCUUGGAAUUAUCAAAGGAUAAUUCCAUCAAAGAUUGACAUGCACUGCAUGACUCAGUCUUUGGUUGUAUUUUUACUGUGUGUAAUGUUUCUGUAUCUUGUAUAAAAAAAAAUAUAUGGACAUAAAUAAAACAGUGCUCUGCCUGCAGGUUAUUGUAAA